AUGGACUUGACCCUGCUUGAUUCCCCGAGGUCAGGGCCAGUGCGCGUGGAUUUCCAUGCGAUCGACCACGUUGGUCGGUGUUUCAAGCUGUUUGUUGGCGCGGCCCUGGACCCCUUGAGUCAAACCCACGCGAGCUUGCCCUCCGAGGCAUGCAACGCGCACUUGCCGCUUAUGGGGAUCGGCAAUCUAGAUUUGGCCAGUGACGCCGUUCCCCUGUCAAGGUUGAUCAGCGGGCAACGGUUGCCCUUGUUUUGA